AUGGCCGCUACUCUGGUACUUCCAGCCACUACAAAGUCUCCUUUUAUAGCACCCACUGCGUCUAAAGCCCCUGAAAAGAACAAAGUUGUCGAGGAUCUUCUCAAACUCAUCGAGAAGGAAUACAAGCAGGGAAACUUGACCGUCACCAAAGACAAGUACCAGCAGCUUUUAAAACUCAAGCAAGAGCAGAAUCGGAAACUGAGACAGGGAACGCCUCCUUUGCCCCUCCUUUAUACCCUCCGAUCUUCCACAAAACCUCCACUGAGUCCUAACCCCAAGAAGUUUAGGAAGAGAAGACUGAAGCUCACGUUUAAGAAAAUCGAGCACGUGGUGAUUCUGAUUUUGGAGUCGCUAGCUAACAUUCUUGAUAACUUGCACCUUUUUUCAAAGCUCCCUAUGUUCCCAGAGAAGUUGGUGGAUCUCUUGAAGCACACCAACCGCUUGUGGGUGCUCAUUUUGGUCUUUUUGAUCAGAAAGACUAUCUCGCAGCUUCUUAACCUUAUAAGAAAGGAGCGCAAGGUCAAGACCGAGUUGGGUAUUCUCAAGAACCAGUCCAACUCGAAGCUUUUGGAGGAAAACGACCAACCUGAGAACGAGAACAAUGUGCUCCGGAAGUACGAAAAGGUUCUCCGCGACUUGAAGUUUGACAAGAUGAUGCUUCGCUUUGAGCUCUUGGGUAACUUCUUAGACUUGGCGUUCAACGUCAUCGAGCUCUAUGCUAUGGUGGUGCCCGACUGGUUCAUGAACUUCUUGAACUUCGCCAGCAUGGGUAUGACCAUCUACAGAAUGAACAAGGAUGAUGAAUACGUUGACGACGACAUCACCGACGACUUGAUCUAG